UGAGACAAUUACUUCUCACAGCAACAUCAGAUAGCUUCCUUAUUACUAUUAGAUAACAUCAUACAGUUGGAGGAGAUAAGAACAAAAGAUUCGGGCAGGUGAAAAUAGUCUCAUCGAUCAUCAUCAUCGUCGCUGACGUCCGGUUUCGGCGCACAUGAUCUGCUUCCUGUCAGCGUCCAGUGCGGAUGGACGAGCCCCCACUUUGAGGACUAUCACCGCCGACACCAGCGGAGGAGCAGGAGCGUCGCCUGCGGGGCUUCACGGUGGACGUUCGGUGUUUAUCGUCCUUGUUGGGCUCGGAGAGGAAGUUGGCGGGGAGAGCAGCCCUUCCGGCAGGACAAUCGUUUCUCAAGCUGUUCAACAACCAUGGCUCUCCUGUGGUCGUCCGUCGUUGUCCUGAUGGUUCUGGCUUUAUUCUCCAAAACCUCAGUCGGAUGUCCGUCUGGUUGCCGUUGUUACAGUCUCACGGUAGAGUGCGGAUCUCUCGGAAUCAAAGAAAUCCCGCCGGGGGUCCCCUCCUUCACUGAGACCUUGUUCCUCCAGGACAACGCUAUCGUUCAGAUCCGCCUUCAGGACCUGACCCGGCUGGGUAGCCUCCAUUACCUGUACCUCCAAAACAACAGCAUUUCAGCUCUGGAGCCAGGAGCGUUUCUCAGCCAGGGCCAGCUACUUGAGCUGGCCCUCAAUGGAAACCUCAUCCAUUUGGUUACCCCAGGCAUGUUCCGGGGUCUUGUGCACCUUCGGAUCCUCUACCUUGCCGGGAACCAGAUCACUCGGAUACAGGACAACACCUUUCGGGGCUUGCAGCGCCUUCAAGAACUCCACCUGCAGGAAAACAGCAUCGAACUUCUGGCAGACAAAGCACUGUCCGGACUGUCAUCCCUGGCUCUUCUGGAUCUUAGCCGAAAUCACCUCCAUACCUUGGGCUCCUCGUCACUCACGCCACUUGUCAGCCUUCAGGUGCUCAGAGUCACAGAGAAUCCUUGGCGUUGUGACUGUGCUCUUGGCUGGCUGAGGACAUGGAUCAGCGAGGACGGGCAGCGCCUGCUAAGCUCUGCGGAGCAGCGUCGUCUGAUGUGUUCCGAGCCACCUCGCCUCUCCCACCUCAGCCUGGGGGAAGUGGCCCCAAACAGCCUGGUCUGCAUCCCCCCUGUUGUGCAGCUGGAACCCACCCAUUUAACCGUAAGACUUGGCGAGAGCCUCAGAGUCUCCUGUGAAGCCUCGGGAUACCCUCAGCCUCAGGUUACCUGGAAAAAGUCUUCAAAUGGUAAGGCUCAGUUGUCCCCGCGAGGCUUGGUUCAAGAACUGGGUCCCAACGGUGAACUUUUCCGACCCGGCGUUAGAGGAGCUGUGACAGCUGUCCCCGGCGGUGGCGGGGUGAAGAUAGGAGGAGUCAGUGGGGUUGUACGCGGGGCGGAGGAAGGUGGCGAAAGGGACAGUUUUGACCCGGACAUGGGCAGCGGAAUGCUGUUCCUCAGCAACGUGACCGUGGCUCAUGCCGGUCGCUAUGAGUGCGAAGCGUGGAACCCGGGCGGCGUUGCGAGGGUUACGUUCCACUUAGCUGUCAACAUGUCCUCUUCUGCUUAUUCGUCACAGUUCUGGAAUAAUCUAAACACGCAUUCCUCUGUGUCCUCCUCGUCGAAAUCCUUCCACCAUCCAGACGUAGCGGACGUUAGCCAGGAACCACUUUACGAGCAAGACAGCAUGGACUUCAGUGCUCUUGGUCCGGCUACGCAGACCGCCAUUGCGGUUGGCAUCUCCUUACUGGCGCUCACCGCUCUUCUUCUUUUGAUUAUGAUCUACACCCGACACCAGCAAUACCAGAAAGAAGAAUCGGGAUCCUACUGUACAAGUAAAGAGGAAAGCAUCAUUUAUGUCAACGAUUACUCUGACGGACCCACAACGUUUGCGCAACUGGAGGAAUACAGCGACGACCACGGUCAUGAGAUGUACAUACUUAAUCGAGCCAAGCCCGUCGGAACGGCCUCGGCUAGGUGCCCCAUGGUGGGAGCGUAUGUCCAACCAAACAGCAUGAAAGAAGCUCUUCUGGACCAUCAAGUGGUUCAGACCCUGUCCCGAUCAGGAGGGAUGGGGUUUCGGAGGAAACCAGGCGACGGCGGCGAGGGGCCGCUAACAACAGACCCGGAGGAGGUCUUCCUGAGUCAAAGUCUCCUUUUCGGAUCACAGCUAGCGUACGAAAUCCAUUGCUAAGUGAGUUCCAAGUGGAAAAAAAAUCAAUCAACGAUAUUAACGGAUUCCAACGAUGAGCUGAUUUUUGGGACUAACCAAACAUUGACAUUGGAGGGGUCAAAAACGAUGCAGGAAUAUUAAAAACGAAAGCAUUCCAACUCUGAAUCAACCCUUUAAAGAUAGCGAUAUCGAACCAUAUACAGAACAUAGGCAACAUUUCAUGAAGCGUGAAACUAACAAAUCGGAAUCAUGCUCAGACAUUGUGUAACGACCGUCUUUUGUGUAAAUAUGAUGACACUGAUAUUAAAAUACGGUGUCUUUGUGGCCCUUGUUGUAGACGCCAUUUUUUUUUACCAUAACACUGUAAAUAUUGUUGAUGUUGUUCUUAUGUUUUUUUUUUUAUUCAAGUUGUAUCAAAACACAAGAAAUUACGGAAUUGACUCAAUUGGCAUUUGUCUGUAGCAGCUAGUUUGCUGUCGUAUGAAUAUCUCAUAAUUUCUCUGCACUUUCUAUAUAAUAAAAAUACAUGUUAAAUAAUAAAACCA